UCUACUUUUGGCAUGUUAAAUUAGGGAAACUUAUCCUUUUCUUCCUUCACCAUUGACUCUGUAUUUAUAUAGGACUAUGAUACGUAUUUCCCAAUCUAAAUUAUUACAAAUCUGACUAAAACUCUGUAUUUAAAUUAUUUCAAAGAUAUCUGACUAAAACUCCAAAUCUGAAUCUCUAAGCUUUAAAAAUAAUCUUAAUAUCAUUAGUAUAUGAUAUAAUUCUAUAUCAUAUAUUUGUAAAUAUGAUAAACAUAUCCAUUGAAUACGUGCAUGUUGAUCCCAAACAGCAUCAUAAAUCCCCAUAUGGUUUAUAUCAUAUACUAUGACACCAUAACAUUUCUAUUAAUUAUUUUUAUUUUUUUUUAACUCAGAAUAUUAAUGCGGGGCCACAAGGAGGAAGAUCUCACUAAAAGCCAACAGCAAUAUACCAAGCAUGGAGAAUCUUCCUUCCCUGCUUUACAGGAACCCAAGAAGGAGCUCCAGGCAAUCCAGCAGAUACCUUGGUGUCCGCCGGCGGCCAUGGGGGAGGUAUGCUGCGGAGAUUCGAAAUCCAUAUACCAAAGAAAGACACUGGCUUGGCACAUUUGACACUGCCGAAGAAGCUGCUAUAGCUUACGAUCUAUCUUCUAUCUCCUUUAGUGGCAUUGAAAGAGCUCGUACCAAUUUUUAUUACCCUUUCUGGGUGCUUCCGCCGUCUCCUCCACUGGCAGUGGCUGCAGUGCCUCCACCUCAACCAUCACUAACGCCUGCUCAUCAACUGGAAGAGGGUGGUGAACCAGUUAGCAUGGAGACGAUAACUGCCUCACAAGAUGAUGAAUCUAUGGUUAUUGCUUCAAUUUUGCAAAGUUUUUGCCAAUCUACUAAUGGUUCCUUCUAUCCAUAAGCUUAUUAUGCUUGCUCCUCGAUUAAGUUCUAUCAUAUAUAAAGGUUAAUUACUCUCUAGAAACUGGUUGAUAACUAUAAUAAAACUUUCAAUUCAAGAUUUUGACUAAUAA